GGUGUUAGGACGGUAUGAUUGGCAGCCAGGGAGGAGGGAGAGGAGGGCUCGCAAGAGCCGAUAUGUCGGCCAUCUUAGAGUGUCGGUGAUGGUGGCAAGUGGUGGUUUUCCCGCCUGAGCGGAGGCAGCCUGGGGCCUGUGGCGGGGGGACGCGCUUGCUGAGGAUACCCUGUAAUGGGCAAGGAACCUGAGAGAAUACAAAUAGUUCUUGUUUCCUGAUUUUUUUUGUUUAACAGACCAGCAUGUUUUGGAAAUUUGAUCUCCAUUCGUCAUCUCACAUAGAUACACUUCUAGAGAGAGAAGAUGUAACACUGAAGGAAUUAAUGGAUGAAGAGGAUGUUCUGCAAGAGUGCAAGGCUCAGAAUCGCAAACUUAUAGAGUUUCUGCUGAAGUCAGAAUGUUUGGAAGACUUAGUUUCGUUUAUUAUCGAAGAGCCACCUCAAGACAUGGAUGAAAAAAUAAGAUAUAAAUAUCCAAACAUAUCAUGUGAGCUGCUUACAUCAGAUGUCUCACAGAUCAAUGAUAGGCUGGGAGAAGAAGAAUCCUUACUUAUGAAACUGUACAGCUUCCUCUUAAAUGAAUCUCCUCUAAACCCUUUACUGGCCAGUUUCUUCAGCAAGGUGCUAAGUAUUCUUAUAAGUAGAAAACCAGAACAGAUUGUGGAUUUUUUAAAGAGGAAACAUGAUUUUGUAGACCUCAUUAUUAAGCACAUAGGGACCUCUGCUAUAAUGGACUUACUGCUCAGGCUACUGACUUGCAUAGAACCUCCACAGCCACGACAAGAAGUGUUAAAUUGGUUAAAUGAGGAGAGAAUUAUUCAGAGGCUUGUAGAAAUUGUACAUCCGUCUCAAGAUGAAGAUAGGCACUCAAAUGCAUCACAGUCACUCUGUGAAAUUAUUCGUCUGAGCAGAGACCAGAUGUUACAAGUACAGAACAGUUCAGAACCAGAUCCACUGCUUGCAAGUCUAGAGAAACAAGAAAUUGUAGAGCAGCUGCUGUCUAAUAUUUUCCAUAAAGAAAAAAAUGAAUCUGCAAUAGUCAGUGCAAUCCAAAUACUAUUGACCUUACUUGAGACAAGACGACAGACAUUUGAAGGCCAUAUAGAGAUCUGUCCUCCAGGCAUGAGCAAUUCAACAUAUUUGGUCAACAGAAGUGUUUUAGAAGCCAUAAAGGCACGACUUUCAUCCUUCCAUGAACUCCUGCUUGAGCCUCCAAAAAAGAGUGUCAUGAAGACAUCCUGGGGUAUAUUGGAUCCACCUGUGGGAAACACACGUUUAAAUGUUAUCAAAUUAAUAUCUAGCCUUUUACAGACAAAUACAAGCAGUGUAAAUCAGGAGCUUAUAGAGCUUAACAGUAUAGGAGUAAUACUGGACAUGUUCUUUAAGUAUACAUGGAACAAUUUUUUGCAUACUCAAGUAGAAAUCUGUAUUGCUUUGAUUCUUGCAAGUCCUCUUGAAAGCACAGAAAAUGGCACAAUUACAGAUCAGGAUUCCACAGGGGGCAAUCUUUUGCUGAAACAUCUCUUCCUCAAGUGCCAAUUAAUAGAACGAAUACUUGAAGCAUGGGAAAUGAAUGAGAAGAAACAGGCUGAAGGAGGAAGACGGCAUGGCUAUAUGGGUCAUCUGACAAGGAUAGCAAACUGUAUUGUGCAUAGUACGGAUAAGGGGCCAAACAGUAGACUAGUCCAACAACUCAUUAAAGAGCUUCCUGAGGAGGUCAGGGAGCGAUGGGAGGCAUUCUGCACAAGCUCUUUAGGAGAAACUAACAAGAGGAAUACAGUGGACCUGGUUACUACCUGCCACAUUCAUUCUUCCAGUGAUGAUGAAAUUGACUUUAAAGAAACUGGCUUCUCACAGGAUUCCUCUUUGCAGCAGGCCUUUUCUGAUUAUCAGAUGCAACAAAUGACGUCCAAUUUUAUUGACCAGUUUGGCUUCAACGAUGAGAAGUUUGCUGAUCAAGAUGACAUCGGCAAUGUUUCUUUUGAUCGGGUCUCAGACAUCAACUUUACACUCAAUACAAAUGAAAGUGGCAAUAUAGCCUUGUUUGAGGCAUGCUGUAAGGAGCGAAUACAGCAGUUUGAUGAUGGUGGCUCUGAUGAAGAUGAUAUUUGGGAAGAAAAACAUAUUGCAUUUACACCAGAGUCCCAGAGGCGUUCCAGUUCGGGCAGUACAGACAGUGAAGAAAGUACAGAUUCUGAAGAAGAAGAUGCAACAAAACAAGAUCUGUUUGAAUCGCACACCAGUACAGAGGACAAAAUGGAAGUAGACUUAAGUGAAUCACCAAACUGGUCAGCUAACUUUGAUGUACCCAUGGAGACUGCGCAUGGUGCCAAUCUGGAUUCUGUUGGGUCUGAUGUGUGGAGUACAGAAGAACCUAUGCCAGCAAAAGAAACUGGCUGGGCUUCCUUUUCAGAGUUCACAUCAUCUUUGAGCUCAAAAGAUUCCUUAAGAAGUAAUUCUCCUGUGGAAAUGGAAACAAACACAGACCAAAUUGAUCCAUUGAGUGCAAAUCUAACUGCUCUUGCAACACAGCUAGAGAACAGAACAAAAAGCGCAGAUGGGAAGUCCAGAGUGACUGGGCCUCCCAAAGCCCCAGGAAGUGUUGCUAUGGAGGCCAGCUCAGAUGGAGAGGAUGAGGUAGAAAAUGCAGACAAGGUAACUGAAACAGUAAUGAAUGGCAGCAUGAAGGAGACACUGAGCCUUACUGUAGAUGCUAAAACUGAAACAGCUGUUUUCAAAAGAGUGUUGAAAUCCUAUCGUGAGGAAGGAAAAUUGUCUACCUCACAGGAUGCUUCUUGUAAAUAUGUAGUAGAAGAGGUUGUGGAAGAGGCUCCUUCAGCUCUGCAGCCUACUAACAGCAGUCCAGAACAGAGCUUGGCUACUAGUACAGUAUUGCAGAAUACUAAUUCAAGAUACAAUUCUGAGAGGACCACCAUCAAACAAAGCAAGCUGCUCUUGCAUAGAUAUGUUUCUCUUCAAUUGUCAGUGUUUUUAGAGCUUAGCAGCCAAAGACUUAGCUAGGGGACUCCUGCUGGUCAUGUGCAUGUAGAGCACGGACCCAAGAGUGGCUUCUCUGUGAUGUACACCAUCAGAGAACAAGAGUUACAGGAAUGAUCAGCACACCCAUUUAGGAGAGGCAUCUGUUAAUGGCCCUGUAUGAUAUGUGAUGUCCCCUACCUUGGUUGAAGAAAAUGAACUGAUAUCCAGGUGUUUGAGUAUUUCUUGAGGAUUUCAUCUAGACCCAGUUUAAGCCAGUCACUGCUGCACUAAUUUCGCAAGGGAUCAGGACCAGCAACAUUUAUAUUCUAGGUUUUAAGACAUUGUACAGAAAUUCAUAAGUGUAAAAAUAUUGCACAUUGGGAAAUACCAAUAAUUUUUGCGUAUGUUUAUAUUGUAUUGCUCUAAAAAGUGGGUGGCCUGUGAAAUAAGAUCCUGCUACCCAUGUAAUGAUGGCAGUAGUGUUACUAUAGUUUUAAGUUACUGUAAGAAUAGUUUUAUAAAAAAGUGAAUACACAAAUCUAAGGUAUUUGAGACACAACUAUUUGACAAUUAGUGUGACCAAAGUAUUUAGCAGUUUUCAUAUGUUUUUUCACCUUGUAAAAGGAAAAGAAAAAAUGAAUUUGUUUCUUCUGAAACUGCCCUAUAAAUGUUAUUUUGGUUGCUUUAGAUUACAAAAAGUGAUUUAAAUAAGAAUUUUUUUGGUGUUCAGCAUUUUACCACAGAUUUUUUUAAUUGGUAAUUGUUUUCUGUAUUGUUUAAAUAAAUCAAAAAUGUAAGUCUAUUGGUAGAGAUUUUAAGUAUUUAUUGCUAUAACAUAGUUGACAAGUUGAUGUUACUGUAAAGCCAUAUGUUCUGUUAAGUCUUGUUUGCUUGAAACAAUACCUUACAGGUGAAACACUAGAAUAUUUGGAGUGCACAUGGCUUGUUGUGUUUAAGUGAUUCACCUGCCUUUUAACCCAUUCACCAAGAUUUAGUUUAAUACCAAGCAUUAUACAGUGGAACAUUUCAGAACAAUCUGCGUAUUUUAAAACGCUGUAAUCCUUUUAGACAAGUAAAUGAAAUGCCCAUGCUGCUAAUGUAAUUACAGUACAUGUAUUUUAAAAGUAUAUAGUGUUUUUUAAUACAGAUUUUGGCAGCAGAGCAUGUUACUUUCACUGUACUGAUCUGUGUGAGGCUUUCAUUUGUAUGUUCUAAACCAGUUUUUUUUACAGCUGGUUUGUGUAUAUAUAUAUAUAUAGUGAUAUUGGAAACUAAUUCUGUGUAAUUUAUAAUUUUCUAUGUCGGUGUAAAACUCCAACAACCUUCUCAAACAAACAGAAGCAAUAUACUGUAUAUUGCCACAUUUUCUGGUGAAAGGGUUAAAAUACUUCACCUCCUGCACUUUUAGAUGCAAAUCCAUAUUUGUUUCUGUAAUAGUUAUAUUCAUUUAUUUUUUACAUCAUUGGUUUUCCUGACCAGUAUUUAAAGCCAAAAGGAUACUCUAGACAAUGGUCAAUGAUUUAUUUUAGAAGGCGUCCCAAGCAACGUGCCUAAACGUUACAUUGCAUACAGAAAUAAAUAAUUAAGAAAUCCCCAAA